GUGAGAAUUUAAUUCUUAUUUUAAGUAAGAGGCACCUGCCUGAUGCCCAAAUGUAUUAGAAUAGAAUAGUGAGGUACUAAUUAAGAAAAUGGUAACUCUUAGGAUAUUUAAUGGCAAAAUUAAAUUCGGUAGAGAUGAAAACAAACAAUGGACGCAGAUUUUGGCUGCGAUCACAAUUUCCAUGUAUGCCUAUCUCCUUGGCGUGUCGUCAAAUUGGACAUCACCAGCAAUACCAAAACUGAUUUCUAACGACUCGCACAUCCCCAUGACGUUCGAACAAACGGCUUAUUUUGGGGUUCUUCAGUCGUUCUGCAUGGCGAUAUUCAGCUUCGCAGGAGUCUUUAUUGGAGACGCUAUAGGGCGUAAAAGGACCGCUUGUAUCAUUUCAGUUUUACAAAUAACAACCUGGCUGUUCAUCGGUUUUGCCCAAAGUCCUUUUCUCCUUUACGCAUCAAGGGUUACCUCCGGUAUGUGUGACGCCCUUUUCCUUUUCUCUGUCCUCUACUAUGUCACAGAAAUAACCGAGAAACAUAUCCGUGGUCGUAUUGGAAUACUGGCACCCAUUUGGUUCUCCAUCGGUGCCUUGGUCAUAAACAUGUUCGGUUAUUACUACAGCAUACGGACCACAGCGUUCGUUAUGGUCAUACCACCAUUUAUCCACUUCAUGGUGUUCUCUCUAAUGCCCGAAUCGCCUUAUUGGCUAAUCCAAAAAGAUCGUCUCGUUGAAGCCAAAAAACAAUUACAGAUUUUGAGAUGGAGGGAGGAUGUCGACAAAGAAUUCGAAGAGAUGACGGACUCUGUUAGGAAGCAGUUUACUGAAAGGGGUUCGUACAAGGAUCUGUUUGUGGUUAAGAGUAACCGAAAAGCAUUCGUGAUGGCCUUAAUCGCUAGAAUGGCCCAACAGUUUUCCGGUACUACGGCAAUCAAUGGUUUCAUGCAGUACAUCUUUGAGGAAGCAGGAGACGGAAUCCCUAGACACGUGUCUGCUUCCAUAUGUGCCGCAUUGGCCGCGGCAGCAUCCCUGAGUGUUACAUCCGUUAUAGACAAAUAUGGACGAAAACCACUCAUGGUAAUAUCUGCAGGUGCUUGUUCUGUAACGUUGUUUGCUCUUUCGAUAUUCUUUUAUGUGAAAUCUACUGAAGUUGACACGUCUUCGGUCUCCUGGUUGCCAUUAGUAUUUAUGCUAGCAUUUAUUGCAUUUUACUCUUCCGGCCUCGCUAUUAUUCCCGCUUUGAUACUGGGAGAGUUGUUUCCUGCGCCUUUGAAACUCAAAGCAGUUCUAGUACUGACACCUUUCUAUGGAUUUUUUAUGAUGUUCACAACCAAAAUCUUUCAGUUGCUAGUCGAUAAUGUGGCUUUUUAUUCGCCUUUUCUAUUUUACGCCUUAAUUACGUCUGGUAUGACAUUAACGUUGUAUUUUACACUUAUUGAAACUAAGAAUAAGACUUUUGACGAAAUUCAGAAUAUUUUGAAAGGCAAAUAAUUGUAGGUACCUCAGAAAGCUUUUAGAUAACAAACUGACAUUUAUACUUAUUGAUAAUUAAAAUCACGCAUAUU